AUAUUUAUUUUCAUCAAAAAAAAUGUGUGCUUGAUAAAAAUUCAUACAAUAAUUGUAGUAAACCGACUUAUUUGUAUUUAUAAAUAAUAGGAUCUCCUAUUGCCUUUACUUGGUUUAAAACAUACCUUAAAAAGUCUCCUAGUGUUGUAACUUGUUACCUCGGAAAAAAUGGCAAUAGCAAAGACUUGGUUUACCAAUAUUCAUAUUGCUUUGCCUCACCUCAUAACACAUAACGCAAACCAUCUUAAUACCCAAAAGCCUAAAGUUGAGAAUGAUAAGAGAAUGGAAGAUUUUCGUGUGCCUUUGCAUUAUCCCAGGUAUAGGAAGGAAGAUUAUGCCCAGAUGGAGGAAUGGAUGUUGGAUAACUUACUAAGGCAAUAUGGGCUUGAUGUUCAUGUCAAGGGUAGUCUCGAUGAGAAACGGAAGUAUGCUAUGGGAGCCUUUUUGUGGCCCGAUCAACUUUAAUUUUUAUUUUUUGAUUGUGCAAAUUAUUGCUUGUAUUCGAGUUGGUACAUCUAAAUUUUGUUUGAUCAUUUUAUAAGCAAUAAAUAAAUUAAAAAUGUAUUUAGAUGAACAUAAUUUAGAUUCCGUAUGUUCUUAAGUUGUAAUUUAGUACGUAGUUGUACUUUGUAUCUUAUUAUAGUUAAAUUAAGGAUAAAUCAAUUAGACAUUUGGUAAAUAA